AAAAAAAAGUAAUGACCGCAUAUUUUCCUGCCUGAUCAGACCGAUCUGAUCAACGCGUUAUCAUUAAUUUUUCAAGGAAAAGGGAAUGGAUAUUUGCCACAAGAAAAAAAUCAAGUGUUUUUUUUAGCACUUUCUUUUCCACAUUCCAAUCCAAUUAUUGCAAUUUCAAUUUCACUUCUUUUUUUCUUUCUUAUUACUCUCACAAAAUGUUUCGCACAUAUUCUCUUAUCCACCAGCAGCUGCGUUUUGCGUCCAAAAAGACCGGUGGAUCCUCUCGCAACGGUCGCGAUUCAAUUGGUCGUCGCCUAGGAAUGAAGAAGCAGCAAAACGAGUACAACGUCGGUAUGGGCAAGGAUCAUACCCUCUUUGCCAUGCAACCCGGAUAUGUCAAGAAGGGGAGGAGAUUUAUUGCCGUGUCUUUGGAUAAGGAGGAUGAGGCCUUUCCGAGGAGUGAGUUUGAGAAGCGCGUAAGAGGAUUCUUUUUGGUUGACCAGAGGAGCGUUUUGGAGGAGCGUGAGAAGAUUUGGGAGGAGUAUAGGUUGAAGAACGGAAACUAAAAUGAAAAUCUAUGAUGCUUUCAAAAAAAAUAUAUAUAACAUUUAUAAUUCGAACGCUCUGAAAUGUAUACAUGUUAUAGACACUU